AGAUGAAAUGUAUUACGAUCCUCGUAAUAUUGUUUGCUAUAUGAUUGAAUUCAAGAAAGAAAGAAAGAAAGUCAGGUAUUAAUUGUUGCCACAAUAAAUACUUCAUAAAUGUCUACUUUGUGACAAAAAUAAAUUGAAGAGAUAUAUUUUGUACGAAAUGACGGUAGAUUUAGGUUUUGCAGAAAAGUGUGAACCUUGGCGACUAGAAAGUAGAUUUUUUCCAAGUAAAAUUGGUGGUAAACCAGCAUGGCUUGAUUUAAAAAAUAUUCCUGGAGAGAAAGAUCUUCAUUGUGAAUAUUGCAAAGAACCUUGUAUUUUUUUAUGUCAGAUAUAUGCUCCAUGUGAGGACAGUGAUGAUGCUUUUCAUAGAACAAUAUUUGUUUUUGUAUGUAAAAAGUCUGAAUGCUGUAGAACGAAUAAAAAUGGAAAUUUAAAAGUUUUUCGAUCUCAGUUACCAAAGAUAAAUGAAUUUUACCCAGCUGAACCACCUGUGGAACAGAGUGAUUGGAGAACUGAUAUUAAUGUAAAUCAAUGGGUAAAAACAUGUUACAUUUGUGGAAUAUUAGCACCUAAUCAUUGUUCCAAAUGUAAAAAUAUAAAUUAUUGUUGCCGUGCUCACCAAAUUUAUCAUUGGAAAAAUGGACACAAGGAAACUUGUAAUGUUAAUAAAGAACUGCCAGUACACUCUGCAACUGCAAACAACAAAUUUUUAUUUCCGGAACAUGAAAUAGUGAUAGAAAGAGAAGAAGUAAGAAAUGAUGAUGAUUCAAAUGAUUUGAAUAGAGAAGAAGAGGAAAUGAAAAAGUAUGAAGAAAUGAUACAAAAAAAUGAAGCAGGAACUCUUCAAAAUGAAGAUAUACAAAAUGAAUUAUUAAAUGUAGCUAAUCAAGUAGAAGAUGAAACAUUUUCUAAAUUUCAAUCAACCAUUGAUGAAUAUCCAGAUCAAAUUAUUAGAUAUAAUAAGGGACAACAAAUUUUAUAUAUCUCAGCAGAAACUAAAGUUAAUAAAAUACCAAAAUGUGCUGAAUGCAAUGGAGAGAGACAAUUUGAAUUUCAAAUUAUGCCUCAAUUAUUGAACUUCCUUAAUUUAGAAGAUCCAAUUAAAUGCAUUGAUUGGGGAAUUUUGGUAGUAUUCACAUGUACAAAAUCAUGCACACCUAAAAAUGGAUACAGUGUAGAAUAUGUAUGGAAACAAGAUAUCAUUGAAAAUAAUUCUGCCACUGCUUCAUAAUUGUAUGAUACAUAAACAACAGCAAAAUAUUACAAUUAAAGAGGGUACAAAAAUUAUUAAACAAGUGAUAUGUAACAAAUUAAUUUUAAUUAUUU